UGUCUUUGCAUUUCUUUUGUGUGACUUUCAUACUAACCUGACUGAUGAACGAACAUACACUGAAGGAAUUGGUAAAUUGUCCACUGCCGAUGGUAAAGCCUUCGCAGAUCCCGAGGUUCUAAGACGACUGACGUCCUCUGUCAGCUGUGCACUGGAUGAAGCUGCUGCUGCAUUGACGCGGAUGAGAGCAGAGAACAAUCACAAUGCAGGACAAGUGGACAAUCGCAGUUUGGCAGAAGCAUGCUCAGAUGGGGAUGUAAAUGCUGUCCGGAAGCUGUUAGAUGAAGGAAGAAGUGUAAAUGAACACACUGAAGAAGGGGAGAGCCUCCUUUGCUUUUUUUGAUAUUAUGAACUGGCACAAGUGCUACUAGCAAUGCAUGCGAAUGUUGAAGAUCGAGGAAAUAAAGGAGAUAUAACUCCCUUAAUGGCAGCCGCCAGCGGAGGCUAUGUAGAUAUUGUUAAGCUUCUCCUUGUUCAUUGUGCAGAUGUCAACGCACAGUCUUCAACAGGGAACACAGCUCUCACUUACGCUUGUGCUGGGGGCUUUGUUGACAUAGUGAAGGUGCUAUUGAAAGCCGGUGCUAAUAUAGAAGACCACAAUGAGAAUGGGCAUACCCCCUUAAUGGAAGCAGCCAGUGCAGGUCAUGUUGAGGUUGCGAGAGUAUUGCUGGAAUAUGGUGCAGGAAUCAACACUCACUCCAACGAGUUCAAAGAAAGUGCACUUACACUUGCAUGCUAUAAAGGCCAUUUAGAUAUGGUUCGUUUUUUGCUUGAAGCUGGAGCUGAUCAAGAACACAAAACCGAUGAGAUGCACACGGCACUAAUGGAGGCCUGCAUGGAUGGACAUGUGGAAGUGGCACGCUUGCUUUUAGACAGUGGUGCUCAAGUGAAUAUGCCUGCAGAUUCCUUUGAAUCUCCACUCACUCUGGCUGCUUGUGGUGGACAUGUGGAGUUGGCUGCUCUUCUGAUCGAAAGGGGAGCUAACCUUGAGGAAGUUAAUGAUGAAGGUUAUACUCCUCUAAUGGAAGCUGCCCGGGAAGGCCAUGAAGAGAUGGUAGCCUUGCUACUGGCACAAGGGGCAAAUAUAAAUGCGCAGACAGAGGAAACGCAGGAAACUGCUCUUACUCUGGCAUGUUGCGGAGGGUUUUCUGAAGUAGCUGACUUCCUUAUUAAGGCAGGAGCUGAUAUAGAACUUGGUUGCUCAACACCUUUGAUGGAAGCUGCUCAAGAGGGUCAUCUUGAACUGGUGAAAUACUUGCUGGCAGCAGGAGCUAAUGUUCACGCCACCACUGCGACAGGAGAUACAGCUUUGACCUAUGCCUGUGAAAAUGGACAUACUGAUGUUGCAGAUGUGUUGCUUCAAGCUGGUGCUGAUUUGGAGCAUGAAUCUGAAGGUGGGAGAACCCCACUAAUGAAAGCUGCGCGAGCUGGGCAUUUGUGCACUGUGCAAUUCCUUAUUAGCAAAGGUGCCAACGUUAACAGGGCUACAGCUAACAAUGACCACACUGUGGUGUCACUGGCCUGUGCUGGGGGCCACCUGGCAGUUGUUGAGCUCCUUCUGGCGCAUGGGGCAGAUCCUACUCAUCGGCUCAAGGAUGGCUCAACAAUGCUCAUUGAAGCUGCCAAAGGUGGACAUACAAAUGUUGUUUCUUACUUGCUGGAUUACCCAAACAAUGUUUUGUCGGUUCCUGCAGCAGACUUGUCUCAGCUCACACCUCCAUCUCAGGAUCAGUCUCAGGUCCCACGUGUACCAGUGCAUACGCUUGCUAUGGUUGUACCUCCCCAGGAACCUGACAGAACCCUUCAAGAGAACUCGCCACCUCUCUUGGGAGUGGUGAAAGGUGCAUCCAAGCAGAAGUCAAGUUCCCUGCAGGUAGCAGAUAAGGACCUACUGCCACCUUUUCACCCAUACCAGCCUUUGGAAUGCAUAGUAGAAGAGACUGAAGGCAAGCUGAAUGAACUUGGACAGAGAAUUAGUGCUAUUGAAAAAGCACAACUUAAAUCAUUGGAAUUAAUUCAAGGUGAACCUUUAAAUAAAGAUAAGAUUGAAGAACUUAAAAAGAACAGAGAAGAACAAGUACAGAAGAAGAAGAAAAUAUUGAAGGAGCUGCAGAAGGUGGAAAGGCAGUUGCAGAUGAAAACCCAACAGCAGUUUACCAAAGAAUAUUUGGAGACCAAAGGUCAGACAGACACUCCACUUCCCCUGCAGCAGCAGUGCCCACUUACAGGGGUCUUCCCAGAAGUGGAAGCCGAUAAGGGUCUGCCAGAGGAUAACUUUUCAGGGUUACCUCAGGUUGACACAAUCUUGUCUAAAGAUGACGAGCAACAACAGUCUCCACCACCUGCUGAACAAAUAGAGUUUGUCCCUAUCCAGCCUUUGCCAGCACCGCAAUGUAAUUUUUCUGGUAAUUUAGGUUAUAAUGGGACACAGUCUCUUGAACUUCAGAAAGCAUUAGGGAAUCAGCAGAAUGUAGGACAGCAGCAACAAAUUGCUGGGCAGGGGCUCUUAGUUCAAGAACCAGACGGAUUAAUGGUUGCCACUCCAGCACAGACGCUUACCGACACUCUUGAUGACCUAAUAGCAGCUGUGAACAGCAGAGUGCCCAGUGGCUCCACCAGUUCUUCGCACACUACCGAAUCCCCUACGCCUGAGCCUUGUUCGCAGGCAUCCAGCAAUGUGCCCUCACAGUCGGUGCUCCCUAUGUAUCCUUCAGUUGACAUCGAUGCACAUACUGAAAGUAAUCAUGACACUGCUCUGACCCUUGCAUGUGCGGGAGGUCAUGAAGAACUUGUAUCUGUACUGAUAGCACGUGGUGCCAAUAUUGAACACAGAGACAAGAAGGGUUUUACACCUUUGAUUCUGGCUGCAACUGCUGGGCAUGUUGGUGUAGUGGAAAUUCUUCUAGACAAAGGUGGGGAUAUAGAAGCACAGUCCGAGCGCACAAAGGAUACUCCGCUUUCAUUGGCAUGCUCUGGUGGGCGUCAAGAGGUUGUUGAUUUGCUGUUGGCCCGGGGAGCAAAUAAAGAACAUAGGAAUGUUUCUGAUUAUACACCUUUAAGCCUUGCUGCAUCUGGUGGCUAUGUUAAUAUCAUCAAGAUUCUUCUCAAUGCUGGGGCAGAAAUUAAUUCAAGGACUGGGAGUAAGCUAGGUAUUUCUCCUCUGAUGCUGGCUGCUAUGAAUGGCCAUGUACCUGCUGUGAAACUGUUGCUUGAUAUGGGUUCUGAUAUUAAUGCCCAAAUUGAGACCAACCGGAAUACAGCCCUCACCCUAGCCUGUUUCCAAGGCCGAGCAGAGGUGGUCAGUCUGCUUUUGGACCGGAAGGCCAAUGUUGAGCACAGGGCAAAGACUGGUCUCACACCUCUGAUGGAAGCAGCUUCAGGAGGAUAUGCAGAGGUUGGAAGGGUUCUCCUCGAUAAAGGAGCAGAUGUUAAUGCUCCGCCUGUGCCUUCCUCAAGAGAUACAGCUUUAACAAUUGCAGCAGAUAAGGGUCACUACAAGUUCUGUGAGCUCCUGAUUAAUCGGGGAGCACAUAUUGAUGUUCGUAACAAGAAAGGAAACACACCCCUGUGGUUGGCAGCUAAUGGUGGUCACUAUGAUGUAGUUCAGUUGCUUGUGCAAGCGGGAGCAGAUGUGGAUGCUGCAGAUAAUCGGAAAAUUACGCCUCUUAUGUCAGCGUUUCGCAAGGGGCAUGUGAAAGUAGUUCAGUUCCUGGUGAAAGAAGUUAACCAGUUUCCUUCAGACAUUGAAUGCAUGCGAUACAUAGCAACAAUAACUGACAAGGACCUGUUGAAAAAGUGUCACCAGUGUGUGGAGACAAUUGUGAAAGCUAAAGACCAGCAGGCUGCAGAAGCAAAUAAAAAUGCAACUAUAUUGCUGAAGGAGCUAGACCUGGAAAAAUCAAGAGAGGAGAGCAGAAAACAAGCACUUGCAGCUAAAAGGGAGAAAAGAAAGGAAAAGAGAAAGAAGAAGAAAGAGGAACAAAAAAGAAAACAAGAAGAAGAUGAAGAAAAUAAGCCUAAAGAAACUCUGGAACUGCAAGAAGAUGAUGAUGAAGAAGAAAACGAUGAUGAAGUGGAGCAAGAAGUUCCUAUAGAGCCUCCUAGUGCAACUACUACAACUACAAUUGGAAUUUCUGCAACUUCAACUACUUUCACUAAUGCCUUUGGGAAGAAGAGGGCUAAUGUGGUGACCACUCCCAGCACAAAUAGAAAAAAUAAGAAAAAUAAAACAAAAGAGACUCCUCAGAAUAUGCAGAUAAUUUUGCCAGAUCAGCAUAUUUCUCUAGCACAGCAAAAAGCAGAUAAAAAUAAAAUAAAUGGCGAGCCAAGAGGUGGUGGUGCAAGUGGGAAUAGUGAUUCAGAUAACUUGGAUAGCACAGAUUGCAAUAGUGAAAGUAGCAGUGGAGGUAAAAGCCAAGAACUGAACUUCACAAUGGAUACAAAUUCCUCUGAGCGGCGCUAUGCCUCAUUGCUUAUCCCCUCUCAGGAAGAAAAAACGAGCACCUCUGCUUCAAAAACUCCAACGAGGUGA